AUUAAUCACUCAUCCAUUAGCCAUAGCAUUGAACUCACCAUGGCUUCUUUUUCUACACUUUUCUCCACUCUAAUUCUCACAAUAGCCCUUCUCUCAUUUUCUUGCUCAUCACAACAGUUCUUCUCACCAGUUGAAAAAGACCCAAUAACCAAUCUAUUCUCCACAUUACUUUGGGUAGGAACAGAACCUACACAUGAAUUCAAUUUUGUGAUUGAUAUUGGAGGACCAAUCCUAUGGUAUGACUGCAACAAAGCCUACAACUCUUCAACCUACAAUCCCAUCUCUUGUGAAUCCAAACAUUGCACUAAUGAUGCUGGAUGCACUAGCUGCAAUGGUCCUUUCAAACCAGGUUGCUCAAACAAUACAUGUGGUGCCAACAUAAUUAAUCCAUUAGUUGAUGCAAUUUUUUCAGGUGACACUGGCAGUGAUGCUUUGUUCAUACCAAAAUCUAAAAUCAAAGUCUCUGACUUUAUCUCUGGUUGCACUGACUCUAAUGCAUUUGCUGAUUCUGCUGACUCUGAUUUCCCUCUCAAAAACUUACCAAAAACUAGUAAAGGUAUAUUAGGCCUUGCAAGAACACCACUGUCAUUACCAAAACAGCUUUCAUUAGCUCCUUUUAAACUUCUUAACAAGUUUGCUCUUUGUUUACCAUCUUCAAACAAUCUUGGUAGUCUUUUUAUUGGUGGGGUAGGAUCUUCUCUUUCCAAGUUUCAACUCACUAAAGUUCCUCUUGUUAUUAAUCCCUUUAGCACUGCUCCAAUAUUUACCGAAGGUGAUGCUUCUUAUGAAUACUUUAUUGAUGUGAAAUCAAUUAAAGUUGGUGGUGAAGUUCUGAACUUCAAGUCUUCCCUUUUGUCCAUUGACAAUAAGGGAAAUGGCGGAACAAAACUUAGCACAAUGAAUCCCUUCACUGUUUUGCAUAGUUCCAUACUGAAACCACUUGUUAGAGAUUUUACUAAGAAGGCUUCUGAUAAAAAAAUAAAGAAAGUGUCAUCAGUGGCACCAUUUGAUACAUGUUUUGAUUUGAGCACUAUUGGUAAGACUAAUACUGGAUUGGAUGUGCCUACUAUUAGUUUGGUGCUAGAAGGUGGUGUGGAGUGGAUAAUUUUCGGUGGAAAUUCAAUGGUUUUGGUGAAUAAAAAUGUUGCAUGUCUUGGAUUUGUGGAUGGUGGUAAAGAGCCAAGAACAGCUGUUGUUAUUGGUGGACACCAGUUGGAGGACAUUGUAUUGGAGUUUGAUUUGGUUUCUUCUAAAUUAGGAUUCAGCUCUUCCCUCCUCCUUCAAAAUGCAAGUUGUUCCAACUCCAACUCAGUGAAUAAGAUGGUAAAAUCUGGUGAAAGUUUCAUUUCAGUUGAGUGAGAUUAUUACGAGUUUAAGUAGCUUUUGUUGUUUCCCUUUUAAUUGAGUAAGAUGGUCAUUUGUAACUUUUGUCCUUUUUAUCUCUAUGAUUGUAACUUAUGUAUUGUUGACUACGUAUCAAUGAAGUUCAUGCCACAUGUUAGCAUUUCACUUCAUUUAAAAGCGACUUCAAAUACAUACAUGAUAUAAUGAAGUCAUGAAUUUGUGUACGGUACUAGCUCACAGAGAAUUCCCUCUAAUGCAACAGCUGCCAUUAUUACUUUGAUUUGUA